CAUCUCUCUUUCGCUCUCUCAGACUCCUCUCUGUUCUACAUUUAAUAAAACUACAACAAAGAAGAAGAAGACGAAACAGAGCAUUAAGAUCCUUAAACAAAUCUUCUUCUUCUUCUUCUUCUUUGUUCCAAUGGCUCUUCCGUUGCCAUUGAUCUUACUUAUCCUCUCCCAUUUGUUCGUUUCUGGAGUUAGAUCAACGAGCUUCGUAAUGGUGAACAAAUGCGAAUACACAGUCUGGCCUGGACUUCUAUCAAACGCCGGAGUAGCACCGCUUCCGACGACCGGAUUCGUACUCCAAAAAGGCGAAGAGCGAACCAUCAACGCUCCGACUUCAUGGGGCGGACGUUUCUGGGGAAGAACUCAAUGCACCACCGACACCGACGGUGGUAAAUUCACUUGUCUCACCGGAGAUUGCGGAUCCGGUACCGUCGAGUGCUCCGGAUCCGGCGCGACGCCUCCCGCUACGCUAGCGGAGUUCACGCUAGACGGAUCCGGCGGUCUCGAUUUCUACGACGUGAGUCUCGUCGACGGUUACAACGUCCCGAUGCUGGUGGUUCCUCAGGGAGGCUCGGGUUUGAACUGCAGCAGCACCGGAUGCGUCGUGGAUCUGAACGGUUCGUGUCCGUCGGAGCUUAAAGUGACGAGUUUGGACGGCGGUGGGAAACAGGCCAUGGGUUGCAAAAGCGCGUGCGAAGCUUUCCGUACGCCGGAGUACUGUUGCAGCGGCGCCUUCGGUACGCCUGACACGUGUAAACCGUCGUCGUACUCGGCGGUGUUUAAAACCGCGUGCCCACGUGCUUACAGCUACGCUUACGAUGAUCAGAGUAGUACCUUCACAUGCGCCGACUCCCCUAAUUACGUCAUCACGUUUUGCCCUUCCCCUAACACCAGUCAAAAAUCAUCACAAGAUCAGAGCCCAGAUCCUAAAACGACGACGCCAUCAGGAACGACUACACCAGCCGGAGAUAGUAGUAGUAGUAGUAGUACGACGUGGUCGCCGGUGGAUACAUCGAUGAUAUACGAAGGAGCUUUGGAUCAGAGCAAAGGAUCACCGUCCAGUUGUCAUGUUUCUUCGUUAUGUGGAAUCACAGUCACUCUUGCGCUGGCCUUUUGUCGGAUGUGGUCGCUCUUUUGACCUAACCUUUUUUUUUUGUCUCCCGCGUAAAACACUGAAUCAGGACGUUGUGGGCCAUCACUCACUAAAAAGCCCUAUCUCGUUUCGGCCCAUGUGAACCUUUUCUUACCUCAGGGCUACGUCGGAUCGAGUCAUAGCUAAGAAAAAAAAGGUGAUGAUCAGUCACUUACAAAAAAGCUCCUUACCUGGAAUUAACAGAAGUAAGUAAACCCUUCAAGGGAGGAUUCUUAUUUUUUGGGUGAGGAACACGUGGGCUGCUGGUUGAGGAGUUCAUAAAAAGAUGGGAAUGUUAAAAUUUGUAAGGUCAGAAUAUUUGUUUGUUUUUUAAUAUAAAUUAGGCUUAGAGAAGAAUAUUAUUAUUAUGUACACUAACAAUAUAUAUAUAUAUGUAUAUAUAGAUGGGGGAAUAUUUCAUUUGUUUGUUAUCUGAUGCUCCGUUGGCCAUUCCGAACCAUGAAAUGAAUAAAAAUACUACUAAGUACUA